UUAAUACGAUUCCCCAGACAUGUAGUAUCGCUGAAAAAAAGCAACGUCCUCUCCUUAACCCUUACUUCAUUUACUCUCCUUUUACCAUCGAAGCCACGUCUGCUGCUGCACUUGAAUACGAUUCCCUCACACAGGCCGCAUCAAAGACUCCGUUCCCGCUUUUAUUCCUGGCCGGCGCCGACACUGUCAAGGCGCGCCGACCGAAAACCCGCCGGUGAAAGAGGGGGAGAAAGGAGGGAGGGAAAGAUGGGCGGCAGUACGCCACCUUGCAGCGAGGAAUGCGGGAGAUGAGCGGCCGAGACAGGUGGGGCAGGUGACGGCCGCGUGAGAGGAGAAUACCUGUCCGAAGGAAUCUGGGCGGGAGGGGCGGGUCGAGGGUGGACAUCUGCUGUUGGGAAGGCUGAGGGGCGCCAAAGAACGAGAGAAGGGGCUGUGGGAAGGAAGGGAGGAGGACUAAGAGGAGGCGGGUCGCGGGGAGGGAGGUAGGAAGGAAGGAGAUCGGGGAGGAGGAGGGGUUGGGAACUUCUCACUUACCGUUCACACAGUCGCGCUCACCGACGCACGCACACACGAAGCGGCGGACACUUGCUGCUCCAGUCGGUCUCGAGGAACGAUUCAGGUGACACACACAGGGGAGGAGGUAGAGCGCCAGCCUGAGGGAGGGAAAGGAUACACAUUUUAACAUUCAACGCUGCGAAAAGGAAACUCCGCUACCACCGACGAGGAAAUCAUACCCGGUCCAUUACGAGAAACAGCGCCAACUCGUGUUCCAUGUGAAGGGAAACUCGUGCAACAGUAACAGAAUUUAGUGACUCAGAGGAAAGUUUCUUGCGUGAACUUUAAGGAGUGAUAAAAAAAAAGUGCGAGGAGUACGUGUGAGUGAGGAGGAGGAGAAGGAGGAGGAGGAGGUGUCAUGAUGCUGUCUGUGUUGAGCAUGAUGGAGGGGGGCCACCUACACGAAGAGGAGGAAGAGGAAGAGGAGGAGGAUCACCAGCUGGAAGAGGAGGAACAAGGGCAUGAUGGAUUGCAGCUCUCCAAGGCGGAACUCAGGAAGAGCAACAAGCCCAUCAUGGAGAAGCGGCGGCGGGCGAGGAUCAACACUUGUCUCAACGAACUCAAGGCGCUCAUCCUCGACGCCAUGCGGAAGGACCCGGCGCGCCACAGCAAGCUGGAGAAGGCGGACAUUCUGGAGAUGACGGUGAAACAUCUACAGGCGGUGCAGCGGCAGCAGCUGGCCCUGGCUGUGGCCCAUGACCCCGCGGUGCUCACCAAGUUCCGCAGCGGCUUCGCCGAGUGUGCCCAGGAGGUCACCAGGUACGUGUCCAGGAUCGAGGUGGACGGCGGCGUGCGGCAGCGGCUCCUGCAACACCUGGGCCAGUGCGUGUCAGGCCUCUCCACCAUGACGCCCAUGUCCUUCACCGCCAUGGCGGGACUACCCAUGCCCGUGGCCCACAUGCAGGGAGGCGGCCUCCCCCCAGGGCCUCCCCCCAGCCUGCAGCAGCGGCCCGGAGACGUCAACAACAACCAGGCCAGGCUGCUGCACGGGUUGGUGGCCGCCAGGCUUGCCGCCGCCGGGGACGCCGCAGGGGCUGCACUGCUACUUCACGGCGGCCUUUCCCUCCUGGCCCACGCGUCUCCUCACCCACCGCCCACCUCCCAACCCGGCGCGCCACCCCCGCAAGGACCCGCCCCAGCCCCUUCGCCACAGGGAGGGCCUCCCCCUCCGCCGCCCCCGGUGCUGCAGCCCCCCGUCGUAAAGAUUAAUGACGGGGCGUCCUCGUCGGGUGAAAGGCCGCGUCCGUCUGCCUUCACGGCGGUGCGGCGGACGGCCUCACCUCCCAGGGCGCCGCUGGAGGUGUACUCGCGGCCUCACGACACCUCUUGCAACGCCUCAACACAGAAGGUCGUGGCCCCCACGGCCCGGCGGUACAUCGGCCUGCCAGAGAGACGCCCCGAGACAGUGGUUCGUGCCCAGGUCGCUGUCCAGCCCGUCAACCUCGCUCUGUCAGCCCCGCGGGACACUGACAAUCGUGCGCCGCUGGACUUCUCCUUCAGAAAACCUCCAAUGACCAGACUAAUGCCGCCACACUCCACGCCCCCGACACAGCCACAGCACCAACACAGCCACGGCCCCGCGCCUCCACAGACCGCCACAGCCACACACGGCCAAGACAAACCCAGAGACGCGCCCCAUAUUCCGUCACCCAAGUAUGUGUCCGCCCUCGCCCUCUGCACCACGUACCGCCAGGCGCAGACACAGACGGGCUCGCCGAAGCCGGAGAUCGUUGCCGUCAAGAGGCCACUGGAGGAGCACGACACGCCGGGCCCCAGACCGUCGAAGAUGCAGAGGAUCGAGUACUCCCAGGCCCCGGGCCCGCCCAUCACCAUACACCUCACGCCGCCCAGCCAGCCCACCGACGCCUCGCACACCUCGCCGCCCCUGCACACCUCUCCUCCCUCCCAAAGAACACCCUCGUCUCACCUCACGCCUCCCUCACACACCACUCCACCUUCACACAUGGGCUCCUCCUCUCUCCACCUCACACCCCCUUCAUACACGACGCCCUCCACGCACCUCACCCCGCCCUCCAUCUCCUCACCCCAGUCCCAGGUGUCCUCGGUUGUGUCUCCAGGAUCCCAGGCCUCCCCAGGACCCUCACCGACGGACCAGACGACCCCCAAGAAAGUCAAGUCCGAGGGGAGUCCUUCUCCAGACAGACCCUCGACCUCCGCCUCCCAGGACGAUAAAGACAUGUGGAGGCCGUGGUGAGGGAGGGACACACACACACACACACACACACACACACACACACACACACACACACACACACACGGGGAGAGAAAAAAUCACAAACCAUAAUAUACUCAUAUGAUAUAACAACUCCUACGAUUAAAGCAAGAAGUCCUACGAGGAGAAGAGGAAGAAAGACACCUCCUAGCCCUCCUCGAUCCUUCUAACACAGCGUCCGGUGAGCGUGGCCCCGAGUGGUCCCUGUGACUCCAGAUACUUAAUCAUCCCUGUGAUCCCGUGAACGACCGAAGCUGUGCCGGUGAUUUUCGAUCUCAAAGUUGGAAACGAGAUUAAAACGUCAUUCGUGUCCCCUCAAACCCAAGAUGCCACAAGGGCGUUAUACUUACAAGGUUGUCUCUAACAGCUCAGGGCCAAAAGGUCAGCUAAGUGUCAUUGUGACCUACCAAAGCUUGUGACUGGUUGCUGUGUGUGUUCUCGCCAAGCACACACAAUUGACCCAGGUAUGCAGAAAGAUUCAUGUUGAGUGGAGUUUAUACCAAAGCUUGUGACAGGGGUUCCUCCUCGGCCAGUCUACCUCGACACUCUUACAUCACGGUCAGGUCACAACGCUGCCAGGCCAGCUUCGUGUGACGGAGGCCUGGCAGCAGGUUAUGGCUGAGUGAUGUUCUUGCCUUCGAUGAUCGCGUGCUCCAUAUUAUUAAACUCUUCGAUACCUUAGUGAAUCUACUUAAAAAGUCUCUCGUAGAAGUUGAAAGGGUUUCCACUGGUGUGUUUCUUGACCCUGGCGGUAGUAUUGGAAGGCCAUGGACAAAAACAAAAACAAAAAAAACAAUCAUGAGAAUCUGAAGUAUCUCCUCUGUGGCCUUCAAAUACAAGAGCCCGAAACGUUUGAUAAUACGCGUCCAAGCCUCCGUCGAGAGUUAGUUAGAGAGAGCGGGGAUAUUCUUGCUCUUUGGCGUUGGUCAUCGUGUCUUAUCCCUGGCCAGGUGCAGACGUUCUCCUUGGUAUGAAGGAAACCCAUUCAUGAACCUCGCUGCUCUCAGAGGCAAAAACAGAGCUCUUCUUAAGUAACGCUCGUAGAAAUGCGAGCUCUCUGUCUGAUCCCUUGGCCCGGUGCAAAGCCAUUCCCCUUCGCAGCCAGUCCUCUCGUGUGCCUGGAUGUUCCCUCCCUACCGUCCGGUCACCGUCCGCCACGCAUGCACCCGAGUCUUAAGUUUAGUGACAAGCUUAACCCAAGUCACUCCUGUCAGCAGUUCAGGCGUCGCCACGCACCUCGGCCGCAGGAUCAAGGUGACACGCGUACGCUCGCUCAUUCCCGCCAAAUAGUUCUAGUGAGUCCAGCACGAUGCCAGUUAUAGUGGAAUAGAAAGGUACUUACUUACCUAUCAAAAUUGUGAGGAUAGUUUUAAGCUAGAGAAAGAAAUAGUUCCUUAUAAAAAUGGAUAAAAAUAUUUAUUUAAUAGUUUAUUUUUAAAGGCCAGUGAGGUGAUGCAUUUCACUGUUU